UCCGGUUUAAGAAAAUUGAUGUUGGUAGGAGAGGGUACACACGAAGCAAUGACAUUAACACGAUCUUUAAACGUACAUUCUACUAAGAGUUGUUGAAACAUGAACUGCGUUUAAAAAUGGCUGAUGGAAAUUUCGUUCGUAUUGUCCAAUUUAUAAAAAUUUACAUUUUAUCGUAAGCUGACAACUAGCUUCACAUAAGAACAGGUUUACCGAGACAAUGGCGUCAGAAGGAGGUGACUUUAAUGCGGACACAAGUCUGGACUCCAUCAUUAAUGUGUUUGGACUUACAUCCAGUGAUACACUCAAUGGAUUUGCUGAAAUGUGGUACCAGGUUUUCUUAUGGGCUCUCUUCUCCUCCAUUUUUGCCCAUGUGGUGGCAGCUUUGAUUGCAUUCUGUCGUCUACGGAAACACCGAUAUGGGCGCUGGAUAUCUGCUGUUGUUCUAGGCAUGGGCAUUAUCUCCCCUCUCACCGGUGGUGUGAUAACAAGUGCAGCCAUUGCUGGGUUUUACCGAGGUUCAGAUUUCGUAAUGAAGCCAUUUUAUGCAUUAUGUUGGGGAGCUGCACAGACUAUGUUUGUGAUUUUUGUGUCAUUUACAAGAAUUCUAUCGACUUUGUGAUUCUUGUGGAUAAUGAAGAAUGAUUCUAAUUGGGGAAAUUACAAUAAGAGAUAUAUGUAUACGCAUAAAUAUACUGAUACAUAUAUGAAUUUGAGCGAACAUUAUUCAUUAAUGUUGGUAAUUUAUAAUUAAAACAUAUCAAUAGACAUUGUUAAUUGUGAGCUCUUUUAAACAAAUACUAACACCAUACAUAUGAGUGAUCAUGCCUCGUGACCUAUAGCAUGAAGGUAUAUUGUACUUUUGUAUGCACAACCUGAAUGAACAUGUUGUCCAAAUGAAGCUAUAGAGUUUGUCCAUGUACCCAACUCAUAUUAUAUGAUAAAGCUGAAAACUAGUAAGCAAUGUUUUAUGAUUUAUUGAUAAAAAAAUAACCCAACUCUUGUCUGGGCAAGACAAGUACACAGAUCAAUAAUGUGACCUAUAUUCUCUCUCCUGUGACAAAUCAAAGUUCCAAUAAGUGUGAAAAUCUUCAUUAAGUAUAAGAUGUAUGUAUUUCACCUCUGAGUCAGGACUGAGGAAACCUACAGUGGAUGUUGCAGUGAUAUCUGCUCCCACAAUGUAUUAUGUAUUAGUGUAUAGCAGUUAUAGGCAUUUUAUUACCUUCUACUCUUUUAUUGGUAAUGCUUCCGCAACGGAUAAUUGACCAUUAACAUAAACAAUAUCAAGGCAUCUGUGCUGUAUAUGAUUUAUUCAUAGACACUGUGCUGUUAAUGAGUACAAUUUGAUAUAUAUUGGUGAAUAUAAAAUAAUAACACUAGCUACAUAAACACAAUGGCACAGACUUUCAGUUCACAGCAUACAACUGAACAUUAAUAUGAAAAAUGUAUCGUUAAAGAUAUACACAUGUACUUUAUACAUGUAUUCCCAUCAUUUAGAAAAAUGAUUGCUCCCCCUAAAUCUCUAUACUAAUCCUUACUGGUAUCCAUACACCUCUUAUUGUAAGCACCCCUAUUAAAUGGCAUUGUAUUGCACAAACAGCAAUAACUGAAAAGAGUGCAUGUGCCAUGUUUGUGUAAGAAACGAUAAUAUUGUCAGAAGAAACAUCCUUCCCAUUUUUAUUUAUUUUUUGUCAAAGAAAUGUCAUUCAGAUCAAGUUAUGAGUCCAAGACGUGUCACAUUUAAUUUUCUUAUUCACAGUCAUACUGCAAUGAGCAAUGUUCCAGUUGAUAAGAAGGUUACUGAGACAGGGGUUUGAGUUGCUUCUUAUACUGUAUCAGGGUGGUCUUUAAGUUGUCACUUUCAGUCAACAAAUCGUUUAUAUAUUGUUUUUUUGUUGUUGUACCCAGUACCGGUAUCUGCAAAUCAACAACAUUUUCUGUAAUGUGAAAGUUGAGCUAGUUUUAAGUACUCAAAUAAUUUUGAAGACUAUAUGCCUUAUCCCUCUCAUCACUUACUCAAUGGGAACAGAAACAGAUUUAGCGAAAUUGAUAUCCAGGUUAAAAUUUAUAUAUGUAUUAAUUAUAAGGUGACUGUGAUGGUGCACCGAUUGUUAACACGAGGCAAGUAUGAGGUCUACAUGUAUAUGUUAGUCAAAUAGGAUGUAGAUGGAAUACAUAUGAACUACCAGUAUAAUAUUGACUAUUAAUUUUGUUUACAAAAUGUCAAGGUUUUUAUUUAAAGCAGAAAGUGUCGGAUACGUUAAGUUUACUAAAUCUUUUUAAACAAGCAAAACUAUAAGGGAGGUUAAGUUCUCCAUUAUUAUGAUUUUUUUCAUAAUAUGUCAUCCUGCUUUAUUUUAAAGUUGAUUUUCAGUGCCGGUUUUGUUAUGAAUAUUGUUGAGGUAAUUUGUUCAGACUUGUAUACUGCAGCUGCCACAUCAUUUUUACCCAUGGAUAUCAUAUACAUAAUUAUCAUCAACAGUAUACAUUUAUUUGAAGGAUUUUUUCGGCAUAUUUCACCAAAACCAAUGUCAAAAAAGAGGCUUAUCAGAUAAACAUUUGUGUACGCUAACAUAGCUGCAAAUGCAAGUUUCCUUGUCUUCAUAUCUAAUUGUUUUAGUUUUGUUAUAUUUUAUUUUGUUGAAUAAAAGAUGUCUUCAUUACAA